CAGAGCGAGGCUGGGCGUGCGGCGUCACGGCGACGGCCCCGAGCCGCGCCCCGGCACAGGCGGCGAGCGGAGCCGAGCGGAGCCGAGCGGAGCGCGGCGGGCGCGGCGCAGCGGGAUCGGCCGGCGAGGCGGCAGCGCGCGGUCGGCGGGGAGCGGAGGCGCUGUCGCUGUCCGGUAUUGAGGGUGAUUUAUCUCUUGCAUCAUGCGUGAAUACAAGCUAGUGGUUCUUGGUUCUGGAGGUGUUGGAAAGUCUGCUCUGACUGUACAGUUUGUUCAAGGAAUAUUUGUUGAAAAAUACGAUCCUACGAUAGAAGACUCCUACAGAAAGCAAGUUGAAGUAGAUGCACAGCAGUGUAUGCUUGAAAUCUUAGAUACUGCAGGAACGGAACAGUUUACAGCAAUGAGAGAUCUGUACAUGAAAAAUGGACAAGGUUUUGCAUUAGUAUAUUCCAUCACAGCUCAGUCCACAUUUAAUGAUUUACAGGAUCUAAGAGAACAGAUUCUUCGAGUCAAAGACACUGAUGAUGUGCCUAUGAUUCUGGUUGGCAAUAAGUGUGACUUGGAAGAUGAAAGAGUUGUGGGAAAGGAACAAGGUCAGAACCUAGCAAGGCAAUGGAAUAACUGUGCAUUCUUAGAGUCUUCUGCAAAAUCAAAGAUAAAUGUUAACGAGAUCUUUUAUGACCUUGUGCGACAAAUUAACAGAAAAACUCCAGUGCCUGGAAAAGCACGCAAAAAGUCAUCAUGCCAGCUACUUUAAUGCAUAGCUGUACUGUAGCUCUGAGCCAGGUCUGAAGAACUGUUGCCCAAUUCAACAGUGCCAGCAUUCCAACUUUAUUAAACCUACCAACAUCUUAAAUGGACUUUCCUGUGGUGGUACCCUUUAAGAAAUGGAUGAAAGCUACAUCAGUUUGCACAUUCUAUCACUUUCCAGUGUCAUGAGAGAUUUUUACUUCUAAAUAUUCUGUGUAUGCAACUGGUAAAACCAGAGCCUACAUCCAGUAUUACUGAUAAGAGACAUUGUUCAUCCACCAAUGUUGUACAUGUAUGAAAACUGUGUACUGUAUACUUCAACAAUCCCCACUUUCUAUUGGAGAGUACAAUAAUGUAAAUCCUAAAAGCACCACUAUUUUAGCAUAAUAAAAGAAAGUCCAAAGAGCUCCUAUAUAGACUACUCCAGAUAACUUUGCUUCAUCGGUAUUUGUAGCUUAUUGUAACUUUUUUAAAGAAGUACAGGAUCAUCAUCAUCAUCGUAUUGUACAAAAGCGCUUUGAUUAACACAACGGCUAUAUAGUUUUUUAAUUUUAGGAAAAACCUGUGGAGACAGUGACCUAGUCUUUAAGAGUCCUUUCAGUAUAACGUCUGACUAAAGACAUGGCCUUUAAUAUCUGUUGGGAAGGAAAUGUCCAGACUUUUCAACCUUUUAUUGUAUGUUUCCUUUUCCUUGUUUACAUAGGGAACAAUGUUUAUAGUUGUGUGUACAGUGGGGGUCUACAACAAGAAGUGUAUAUUUUAAAACAAUUUUUUAAUGAUUUAACAAUUUUUUGUAAAUCAUUUUCGGGCUUCUGCAGCUGUAGAUUCUCACUGUGAAUUCCCUUGCUUGCUCAUGCAUAAGUGUAUUUGCAAUACCAAAUAUACAGGUUUAGUACUUUUGCCUGUUAGUGAUUGUUUUACAUGUGUAACGUUUUGGUUGAGAUGUUAAAUGGUGGAAGAGUACUGUGGAUGUGAAUGUGGGAAGUAAUUUUAAUCAUGUGUAAUUGGUCACAGGGCCUAAGUUGCAGUAAUUAACUUUUGCUGAUUUAUUUAACAAUGCCUUGUUGCUUUGUAUGCAUUAACGUUUGGGUGUAAAGAUUGUGUGUAUAUCCAACAGGGAGCCACAGUAUUUAAAUUGACCAACCUAAUGUUACAACUGCUUUGAGGUGGCCAAAUGUAAACUAAAAGCCUUAAUUAAAGUGGUGCAAUUUUGUAUGACUUAGCAUCAGUAGUUCAAUAAAUUUGGAUUGCCAUGCAAGGGCUUGCAUUACAGUUAUACUACUUGAAUGUUUUGUGUUUUAGUAGUGCUAGUAAAUAUUGAUUUUUAAAUCUCUUGCACAGUGCAGAUUCGUACAUCUUAGGAUGAAGAGGAACCCCUAUGUCUUUGUCUUCUGACAAAUACAUGCCAUAGAUAUUUCUUCUAAUAGUAUCCCAUGUGUUAGUGUGAAUGAAUUUCUGACUGAAUGAAAUUCCAUUUCUGGACUUGGAAUAUUCCAAGCUUUAGCAAAAGGAAAAGUCUUAACAGAAAAAUAGCUGUCUUCAAAGGUUACACUCUCAGUGGCUGUUUUGGAAACUUGAAAAUGUGUUGCCUGCUAUUUUCCUUUCUUUCCAGGGAGAAUGAAUUGUUAAAAUUUACUUAGUCUAGCAAAAAAAUUAUCUUGGGAGACAGAAUGAUUUUUCUGCAUGAUUUUUGCAUGAACCAAACUUUAUUUGUUUGGUUUUAAGGAAAUCUGCAGAAGAGCAUUCUUGCAGUAUUGACUGUAGAAUUUUGCAGACUUGAAAUACCUAUUAAUAGUGUUGGACUGAGAAGUGGAAUGCAUGGACUGUAGAUGAUUUCCUGAUCUUGGCUGUGCUGCUGAAAAUUAAUGUCACACCCAAAUACUUGGUACCUCCUGUUUCUCUGGCACAGAAUUAUCAGAGAGCUUGUUCAAGUUCAUUCCUGAAAAUUCAAUCAGACUAGGUUAGCUAAUACUGGUAAGCUUUGAGAUAGUUUAUGUUGCCCAAAAUGAAUUAAGGAGUCCAGCUGAUCCUUUCUGCUGGUAGUUUCAUCAGUCAUCACCAUUGUUUAAUGGAGGUAAUACACUUCUACUGUGCAGAGCCAGAUUUAAGAUUGAAAUUAUUUUUCAUUUAUCAUUAAAAACUGUAAGAUGAUCCCCAUCAUUCUUGGUCCCCAGAGUAGAGGAGAUUGCAGCACUAGAUGCCCUAGUUCUUUUUUUACUUGGUACCUACCUUUGGUGAGCUAAUCAGAAUUUUUCUUCCCUUCAUUUCCAACCUCUACUUUUUCAGGUCUUGUAACACUUAUAUGUCCUGGCUGUCCUUUUAUUGGUCUUUUUAAUGUGUUUCUUUUCCAGGCAGCUGUACAGAUGGCAUUGGGUGGGAGUGAGAGAAAAUUCUUUGAGAACGUCGUAGAAAGGGCCUUGGUCUGGUCUUGGUGUCCAGCCAAAGAAUACUAUUGACAAGGAAGUAAAAUUUUCAGAAUCUCUAGGCUUUAGCAUCUAAAGAUUGUGCUAAAGAUGGGGAAUAUCCUUCCCCCUCCCCCAUAUUUAGAACUUACAUCAGACGUGUAAAGCCAGCACACUGUAACCCAGGUAACACCUAAAUCCCAAUAUUCUUGAAAAUUUAGGCAAGCUUGAAGGGAGCAGUCCUGAUUUUUAAAGGGAAGUUACUGGACAAAAUGUUGCAAAUGAAAUGAUGAAGUGCAAAAAACCACAUAAGAAUUCUCUUCAUGUCUAAAUAAUUGUGGUGUAAAAAGCUGUUUCCACUGUGGAAGUGAGCACCCAGUUGCCUAUGGGAAUUGGGACUAUGUAAGCAGUUACCAAAUCUAGAAAAAAAUCCUGUCUGGUGAGAUUUUUUAACAAACUUGUAGGUAUCUUCAAGACAAUGCCAUUAUGUAUCAAUGCUUACAAAGUUCAUGCUUGAAGUACUUGUACAGAAACGGAACACUUCUCUUAGAGCUUUGAAUGAAAACAUUCAUAACUCACAUUUUGAGAAGUAAUGCAGGCAUUUUUGCAAAUUUGCUGUUAAUACAUGUGUUACUGCUUGUAUAGUUAGCUUAUGCCUACAGUGCAUACUGCUUAAUUUCCUCUCUAAUCUGAAACUGAUAGAUGUCAGUAUUUAAAGUCUGAGCCUUCUAUGGAAAAAGUAGUAUUUAUGUCCUGAAAUACAGAAGUAUUAUUUAAUGGAAUUGCACUCUUCCUAUUAAGACUCUUUCCUUGCAAUAUAAAUUUGUCUUGUAUCUUACCUUAUCCUAGUACCCUUUUUUAUUCUCAAAUUAUUCUGUGAAAUGAAUGUUACUUGCCUAACUUAGAAGACUAUUUUGAGACAUGGCAAGAUGUUUUCAUAUGUCCAGAUAAACUGUGUAAGCUCAAACUACUACUGCUGUCCUGAACAAGGGACUUAAAUUCUGGAAAAGUAUUGUGGAGUUAGAUAUUACAGUUCUUUCAUAAGGCAUACUGAUUCUAUGAUACUAGAAAUGAAGGGUGGCAGGAGUUUGAAACUGGGAUUAAAAUGUUGAGAAUUUUUCUUCUUUUAAAAUGCUGUCAACAAACUGGAUGAAUCAUGAAUUUUGUCCCGAAGUUUUCUAAACUUUGCCAGUUUUGAAAAUAGCUUAGUUGGGAAGAAGUUUGGCCACAAUACUGUACUAGUUCUAGAAAGACUUCAGUUUAGAUAUACCAACAGUAGAAAGUUAUACUAGAUAUGACUGGUCAAAAAUAGUCUGUGUACAGCUAUGUAGCACUUUUAAAAUUGUAAUCUGAUGAUGCAGCCAAGCGUAGACAAAAAGCUUUUUGUUCAAUUUUAAACUGCUGUCCCAACAGCAUUAGGCUAUAUUUCAAUUUAUUGCUUUUAUUUUGCCUGUGUGUGGGGAGGAGGAUAAAGAAAUAAAAAGUUGAUUAAAUAUAUAACAAAUGCAAUUGUAAGUUGUUCUCUAAGGUAGCAUUAGAGUACCAGUUAUUAAAUUAGGCUUUUAUUUCUGAAUCUCAAGCACAUUAUGCUUUUCUUUCACAGGCUUAUGAACAACUUGAUGAUUUCUAAAACCACAUCUACCUUUUCCAUUUUAUAAAGUAAACUCUGGAAUGACACUUGUAUUUGUGGAAAACUACAUUCUGAGUCUCGAACUGAAAGACAAGCAAAGUUGUUUCAUAGUCUUAUUGUUUACAGUGUUUCAAUAUCUGGGCUUCAAACAACAUAUAAAUGUGGAUUUUGCUGUGUUUUCUGUGUUUGGGAUUUUUGGGGUUUGUUUGUUUGUUUGUUUAACCUCCAAAGCCAUUUAUUUUCAGAAGUCUGAGUCAUCAAGCAGAGAGUGACUUCCUGUUUUCAAAGAGUUGUCUUUAGGGAGAGAUUUGUUAAUGGAUGAAAGAAUGUCUUUGCAGUUCCACUGUACUCACUUCAGUCUCAAGAGAUCCUAGUUCUGCCAAACAACAAGCGCUACAGCUUCGUUGUUUUAAGAAAGUUUACUACCACCAGGAUUUGUUUUCUUUGAAGUUGUAACUGAGGUGAACUUCAUUUGAGCAUCAUUGUAAUUUCUAACUAGUUUUUGUAAUGUCUUUUGUUUACCAUGAACUUGGAGGCAUGGGACAUUUCUGCAACCUUGAAUACUGAGUGAAAUCCUAGUGGGCGUUACAGUUCCUUCUUUUGUCAGUAUACUUUACCUUUUCAUACUAUGUGGCAUUUUAACCUUCCAAAUCUAGUAGGGAGGACUGAGUAGCUUCACUCCUAUACUAAGUACAAAAAAAUCUCUUCAUGUGAAAUCCCAGCUCACAUCAGCUGGGUUUACUGCUUGUAAUGCACCCAAUAGCAACAAAGACCCUUGGCAGUACUGUCAUGAUUUUCAGACACAAAUAAAAUGAGUUACAAAUUUG